AGUUGACAGUCGGCAGUCAUAACUCAUAAUGAAUAUUUGUUUACAAAUCAUAAAUAAGAAUUUACUUAUUAAAAUAGAAUAGAUACCUACAGAUCGUAAGUGAUGUAACGUUUUUAUCAUUACCUAUCGUAUAUAAUCGUAGCUGUUGGUUUGCGGUAUCAUUCCACAUUCUAGAAAUCUUAAAGAAAGGUUAGUUAUUGUAAACAAAGUAAUAAAUAUCUUUAUCAGAUUUUAAUUAAAUGUGAUUGAUGUAUUUGGGUUUCCCGCGAAAAGGCUAUAAAGUAAUGAAAGCCAUCAUGAGUUACGACACGAUCGUGGUAGGCCUAGGGUCAGCUGGUGCGACGGCCGCGUCGACCCUCGCCAAGGCCGGGAAGAAGGUCCUGGCGCUGGAGGCGAUGGACAGGGUCGGCGGACGAGUCAACACCGUGCCCUUCGGAGAUGGACUCGUCGAGCUCGGGGCUGAGUGGAUGCACGGCACAUACCCAAGUCGAGUGUUCGACGCGGCCGUCAAAACAAACAUACCACUCCUCACCCAAUCGUUGGACUUCAAGAUUUACAACUCCGACGGCUCGUCAGCUGACGAUCGUGUGAUUCAAGACCUUAUGGAGUAUGGGUUGGACGCGGCCGACCACCCGCCAGCUGUGCCUGAGCCUAUGGGCCAGUAUAUAUGGAGGAAAAUGCUAGACUACAUGAACGAAAAAUACCCGCAUUUAUCGAAAAACACGAAAUUCUUAGAUUCAUUACUAUUCUAUAUGGAUUUAGUAGUGAACAGUUAUGAGUCUUCUAACAAUUGGAAUGAUGUAUCGACGGCCUCGAGGUACACUAAACUGGAGGGUCACCAACAUAUAAGCUGGCAUAAGCUCGGAUAUAAAACUUUCUUUGAAAUAUUAUUGAACACAUACAAUAACGGUCCCGGCUACCCCAACCUGGACAUCUUGUUGAACAAGGAGGUGUCUCGCAUCACGUGGCCGCGACAGCCGGCGGAGGACGUGGUCGUGUCCUGCUCCGACGGCUCCGUCUACAGAGCCCGGAGUGUUAUUGUGACGGUCUCGCUCGGCGUGCUCAAGGAGAGGCACGCCAACCUGUUCUCUCCGAAAUUGCCUGAGAAGAAAGUGUCGGCCAUUACCAAUUUAUCUAUGGGAGUGAUGGACAAAAUAAUCCUACGAUUCGAUCGAGCAUGGUGGCCGUCCGGUGCUACGUUCUUCGGGUUCCUGUGGGACAAGGAGACCAGAGAAAAGGUGCCCCAAAAAGAUGAAUGGGUGACGAAGAUUUAUGCCGCGAGUUGUCCUCUCGGGAACCUUAAGGCGCUGACGCUUUGGACUACCGGAGAUAUCGGGAUAUUGGUGGAGACACUGCCUGAAGACUUGGUGAAGAACAAAGUGAUGGAAAUCCUCAGGAGGUUCAUGGGAAAGAAUAUCGACAUACCCGAGCCUAUUGGCAUCAUAAGAUCCAACUGGUAUUCAAAUCCGUACACCCGCGGCAGCUACACCUACGACAACCUACUGACCGUACAGUACCCUAACUCCAGAGUCGACCUGGGCGAACCGCUGGUCGACUCUGCAGGCAACCCUCGAGUACUGUUCGCUGGUGAGGCGACCAAUCUUACGCAGUUCUCUACAGUGCAUGGGGCGUCUGAGACCGGUUAUAAAGAAGCCAUUCGUCUAUUAUCGGUGCAAAGUAAAUUAUAAAUCACAGGUCGACUUACCAACAAAUGGGCGCCAUGGAGUACAUAACUGGGGCCUUUUCUCUAUGCGUCGCGUGAAACACCAGGAUAAAAGUCCCGCUUUACAUUUCCCGGGAUAAAAAUAGCCUAUAGCACUCCGUAGUAAUGUAGCUUCCUAUUAGUGAAAAAAUCAAAAUUGAUUUAUAUAUUAGUCCUACUAAUAUUAUAAAUGUGAAAGUUUGUGAGGAUGGAUGUAUGGAUUUAUGUAUGUACGUUUGUUCCUCUUUCACGAAAAAACUACUGAACGUAUUUGGAUGAAACUUUACAGUAUUAUUGGUUAUACAUCAGAAUAACUUUUGUGUAAUUUGGUCACAAUACGAUACAUAUGAAGUAAGUGGGAAAAAAAUUGUCCUGGCAAACUUCCUCACGCGAGCAAAAGCUAGUAUCUAUUUUGGACAGGAAUCGAACACUGAAUAACCUUAACCUAUCAUUUGACAAAGGGCAUGAAAUAAAUAACAUUUUUGUUAAGCAAUUUUAAGUCAUAAUCUAUGGCUUGAACAGGUCUCUCACUAACCUUAUAUACUAUAUUUAUGUUUUGUUUUUAUAAAUAAAAGUAUUUAAUGAAA